CUGACAUAAGAUCCAGGAGCUACAGAGAUCCAGUCCAGAUGUGUUUGAAUCCUGCAUGGAAAAAAGAACUGAAGUGAAAAAGCAGCCUAUGAGGUACUCCAAUAAAGGAGAAUUUAUCAGAUGCAUGGAGGAAAAGGCAAAAGGCUUGGGCUCAAAGAUAUCUAAGGGUGGAAUCACAAAGGACAAGACACUUGAUUCAAUUCUGAGAGUUGAGAUGGUGAAAGAAAAGUCAGCGGAGGAGAUAAAACAGAUUUGGAAUCAGUAUUUUUCUGCAAAAGACAUGGUUUAUGCUGCUAUUCCUGCAGAGAAGUUUGAUUUAAUAUGGAAGAGAGCCCAGAAAUGUUCAUCGUUUCUAUAUGCUUUGCAGAGAAAAGAAGGCUACAAGUUCUUUGUGGGGCAGUGGUCAGGAACGGAAUUGCACUUCGCUUCCCAAAUAAACAUUCAGACCCAAGGUGAAACUGCCGCUAGUCAGUUGGUCCUGUACCAUUUCCCCGAUCUACAGAAGGAAAAAGAGGUAGUUCUAAUGACAGCAGAAACGGACUCCAAGUUCUUGGUGGUACAUGAAGCACAGUGCUUGGGGAAUCAGGUGCAGCUUUUCUAUGCAACAGAUUAUUCUGAGACCUAUGAACUAGUGGAGUCCUUCAACCACGCAUCUAGUGAAUUUAAAUAUAUGUCAGUUAUAGCAGAGCUUGAGCAAAGCAGGCUUGGAAGAGAUCUGAGACCU